AUGCCAUAUAAUUGGUUAAAAGAGCAUGUUGAUUAUUAUGAAGAAGUUUUAAUUAAUUAUCAUGCAAAAUGUCCUAAAUUACAUAAAUUUAAAAAAGCUAUGUAUCGACAAAAUAAUCGAAUACAAUUAAAAUUAUUUCAAGGAAUUCUUCCAACUAUAGAAAAAUGGGAACAACUUCAUCAAAUAAAAUAUUCUGAAAUUCCAAUCUUAUUAAAUUAUAGGCCAAGAGAUAGAUGCAAACAAAACUGCCUUGCUCAGAUCUCUGACCUAUCUGAAAAGAAGGAGUUAGUAAAAAAUGAUAUAGUAUACUUAUCCUUAAAUACACUUUCUGACAAAUUCUUAAAAGAUAUGUUGGCAGAUAAAAAAGUCAUAGAUUGGGAACUUGGAUAUACUAUGACUAUUUAUACUAUUGAUCGUAUAGAAUAUUUAAACCAACUCAUUCAGGUUGAAGUGCCUCUAUUACCUUCUAAAAUUGCCCAAGAAAUUGAGAAGUCAAAAAAGAAAAGACAGCUAAAGUACAAAUUAAAACUGUCUAUUCAGGAAAAACUUAUCGAAUAUAUAGGCCAGGACAAAGAAAAAGAUUGUAAAUUUGAUCUAACAGUUGACUAUAUUCUUACAUUAAAAUGUAUUUAA